AUGCCCCUGGAACUUUCAGGGAGGUUCCAGAAGACCGUGACAGGGCUGCUCAUUGAGAACACUCGUCCCUCAGACUCAGGCAGCUAUGUGUGUGAAGUGUCCAACAGAUAUGGAACUGCUAAGGUGAUAGGCCGCCUGUACGUGAAACUCCCAGCCAGCCAGGAUCGUGGGCGUACAGGUGCUUACCCAGUGUGUACAAAGAGACCUUGGGAUGUGGAGCUGGAUCCUUCCUAUAUGGCCCCAACAUCACGUGAGCCACUGAAAGCUACCAUCAGUCCCAGGAAGGUUAAAAGCAGCGUGGGCAGCCAGGUUUCCUUGUCCUGCAGCGUAACAGGAACUGAGGACCAGGAACUCUCCUGGUAUCGAAAUGGUGAAAUCCUCAACCCUGGAAAAAAUGUGAGGAUCACAGGGAUCAACCACGAAAACCUUAUAAUGGAUCACAUGGUCAAAAGUGACGGGGGCGCAUACCAGUGCUUUGUGCGCAAGGACAAGCUGUCCGCUCAAGACUAUGUGCAGGUGGUGCUCGAAGAUGGAACCCCCAAGAUUAUUUCUGCCUUUAGUGAAAAAGUGGUGAGUCCAGCAGAACCGGUAUCUCUCAUGUGCAACGUGAAGGGAACGCCACUGCCCACAAUCACGUGGACCCUGGACGACGAUCCCAUCCUCAAGGGCGGCAGUCAUCGCAUCAGCCAGAUGAUCACGUCGGAGGGGAACGUGGUCAGCUACCUGAACAUCUCCAGUUCUCAGGUCCGGGACGGGGGAGUCUACCGCUGCACUGCCAACAACUCGGCUGGAGUCGUCCUGUACCAGGCUCGAAUAAACGUUGGGGGGCGUACUACAGCGGCCUUGCCAAUGUGUGAACUGACUGAAGUGGUGCUCAAAGAUCAAAAGCUCAAAACAGAUCCUGGGGCCCCACCAGUUCAGACUCCUCCAGACCGUGUUCCACCUUUUAUCCAACCCUUUGAGUUUCCAAGAUUCUCUAUUGGGCAGCGAGUCUUCAUCCCAUGUGUUGUGGUCUCAGGGGACUUACCUAUCACAAUCACCUGGCAAAAGGAUGGCCGGCCAAUUCCAGCGAGCCUCGGAGUGACCAUUGACAACAUCGACUUCACAAGCUCCUUAAGGAUUUCCAAUCUCUCCUUGAUGCAUAAUGGGAAUUACACCUGUAUUGCCAGGAAUGAGGCAGCAGCUGUGGAACACCAAAGCCAGCUAAUUGUAAGAGUUCCUCCCAAGUUUGUGGUUCAACCACGGGACCAGGAUGGGAUUUACGGCAAGGCAGUGAUCCUCAAUUGCUCAGCUGAGGGCUAUCCUGUACCUACCAUCGUAUGGAAAUUCUCUAAAGGUGCUGGGGUUCCCCAGUUCCAGCCAAUAGCCUUGAAUGGCCGGAUCCAGGUUCUCAGCAAUGGGUCGUUGCUGAUCAAGCACGUUGUGGAAGAAGCCAGCGGCUACUACCUCUGCAAGGUCAGCAACGAUGUGGGCGCAGACGUCAGCAAGUCCAUGUACCUCACGGUGAAAAUUCCUGCCAUGAUAACAUCCUACCCAAAUACUACCCUGGCUACUCAGGGGCAAAAGAAGGAGAUGAGUUGCACAGCCCAUGGUGAGAAGCCCAUUAUUGUCCGCUGGGAGAAAGAGGAUCGAAUCAUUAACCCUGAAAUGGCCCGCUAUCUCGUGUCCACCAAGGAGGUGGGAGAGGAGGUGAUUUCCACUCUGCAGAUUUUGCCCACUGUGAGAGAAGAUUCUGGCUUCUUCUCCUGCCAUGCUAUCAAUUCUUAUGGGGAGGACCGUGGGAUAAUUCAGCUCACAGUGCAAGAGCCCCCAGACCCUCCUGAAAUUGAGAUCAAAGAUGUCAAAGCACGCACAAUCACGCUCAGGUGGACCAUGGGGUUUGAUGGCAACAGUCCCAUCACGGGCUAUGAUAUUGAAUGCAAAAACAAAUCAGACUCCUGGGAUUCUGCUCAGAGAACCAAAGAUGUUUCCCCUCAGCUGAACUCGGCCACCAUCAUUGAUAUCCACCCUUCCUCCACCUACAGCAUCCGCAUGUACGCCAAGAACCGGAUUGGCAAGAGCGAGCCCAGCAACGAGCUCACCAUCACCGCGGACGAGGCAGCUCCUGAUGGUCCACCUCAGGAAGUCCACCUGGAGCCCAUAUCCUCUCAGAGCAUCAGGGUCACCUGGAAGGCUCCCAAGAAACAUUUGCAAAAUGGGAUUAUCCGUGGCUACCAAAUAGGUUACCGAGAGUACAGCACUGGGGGCAACUUCCAAUUCAACAUUAUCAGUAUCGACACCACCGGGGACAGUGAGGUUUAUACCCUGGACAACCUAAACAAGUUCACCCAGUAUGGCCUGGUGGUGCAGGCCUGCAACCGGGCCGGCACGGGACCUUCUUCUCAGGAAAUUAUCACCACCACGCUCGAGGAUGUGCCGAGUUAUCCCCCCGAAAAUGUCCAAGCCAUAGCAACAUCACCAGAAAGCAUAUCAAUAUCCUGGUCCACACUUUCCAAGGAAGCCUUGAAUGGAAUUCUCCAGGGGUUCAGAGUCAUUUACUGGGCCAACCUCAUGGAUGGAGAGCUGGGCGAGAUCAAAAAUGUCACCACCACACAGCCUUCCCUAGAGCUGGAUGGGCUAGAAAAAUACACCAACUACAGCAUCCAGGUGUUGGCUUUUACCCGCGCUGGAGACGGGGUCAGAAGUGAACAGAUCUUCACUCGGACCAAAGAGGAUGUUCCAGGUCCCCCCGCGGGCGUCAAGGCAGCUGCGGCCUCAGCCUCCAUGGUCUUCGUGUCCUGGCUUCCCCCUCUCAAGCUGAAUGGCAUCAUCCGAAAGUACACCGUAUUCUGCUCCCACCCCUACCCCACAGUGAUCAGCGAGUUUGAAGCCUCCCCUGACUCAUUUUCCUACAGAAUUCCCAAUCUGAGUCGGAACCGUCAGUACAGUGUCUGGGUAGUGGCGGUGACUUCAGCUGGAAGAGGCAACAGCAGCGAAAUCAUCACAGUAGAGCCGUUAGCCAAAGCUCCUGCACGAAUCCUUACCUUUAGUGGAACAGUGACUACUCCGUGGAUGAAAGACAUUGUUUUGCCUUGCAAAGCUGUUGGGGAUCCUUCACCUGCAGUAAAAUGGAUGAAAGACAGUAACGGGACACCCAGUCUAGUAACGAUUGAUGGGCGAAGGGGCAUCUUCAGCAACGGAAGCUUCAUUAUCCGCACUGUGAAAGCAGAAGACUCCGGCUACUACAGCUGCAUCGCCAAUAACAACUGGGGAUCAGAUGAAAUUAUUUUAAACUUACAAGUACAAGUUCCACCAGAUCAGCCUCGGCUUACAGUAUCCAAAACCACCUCUUCCUCCAUUACCUUGUCCUGGCUCCCUGGAGACAACGGGGGCAGUUCUAUCAGAGGGUACAUCUUGCAGUAUUCCGAGGACAACAGCGAGCAGUGGGGGAGUUUUCCUAUCAGCCCAAGUGAACGCUCUUAUCGCCUGGAAAAUCUGAAAUGCGGGACUUGGUAUAAAUUCACUCUUACUGCCCAAAACGGAGUGGGACCAGGGCGCAUAAGUGAAAUCAUAGAAGCAAAAACAUUAGGAAAAGAGCCCCAGUUCUCAAAGGAACAAGAACUAUUUGCCAGCAUCAACACCACACGCGUGAGGCUGAACCUCGUUGGGUGGAAUGAUGGUGGCUGUCCCAUCACCUCUUUCACACUGGAGUACAGGCCCUUUGGGACCACAGUCUGGACCACAGCUCAGCGGACCUCUCUCUCCAAGUCCUACAUCUUGUAUGACUUACAGGAAGCCACGUGGUAUGAACUACAGAUGCGAGUAUGCAACAGCGCUGGCUGUGCAGAAAAACAGGCCAACUUUGCCACGCUGAACUAUGAUGGAAGUACAAUCCCCCCACUCAUUAAAUCAGUCGUCCAAAGUGAAGAAGGGCUGACGACCAACGAAGGGCUGAAGAUGCUGGUGACCAUCUCCUGUAUCUUGGUGGGGGUCUUGCUGCUGUUUGCACUCUUGUUGGUUGUCCGGAGAAGGCGACGGGAGCAGAGGCUGAAGAGGCUGAGAGAUGCAAAGAGCCUAGCUGAAAUGCUCAUGAGUAAGAAUACCCGGACUUCAGAUACCUUGAGCAAGCAACAACAGACCCUGAGAAUGCAUAUUGACAUACCCAGGGCUCAGCUUUUGAUUGAAGAGAGAGACACGAUGGAGACCAUCGAUGAUCGCUCUACUGUCUUGUUAACGGAUGCUGAUUUUGGAGAGGCAGCGAAACAAAAGUCCCUGACAGUGACUCACACGGUCCACUACCAAUCAGUGUCUCAGGCCACUGGGCCCUUAGUGGAUGUUUCGGAUGCUCGGCCGGGAACGAAUCCUACCACCAGGAGGAAUGCAAAGGCUGGGCCCACAGCAAGAAACAGGUAUGCCAGCCAGUGGACCCUCAACAGACCCCACCCCACCAUCUCAGCACACACCCUCACCACAGACUGGCGGCUGCCAACACCCAGGGCUACGGGAUCGGUGGACAAGGAGAGUGACAGUUACAGUGUCAGCCCCUCACAGGACACAGAUCGAGCCAGAAGCAGCAUGGUCUCCACAGAAAGUGCCUCCUCCACUUAUGAAGAGCUGGCAAGGGCCUACGAACAUGCCAAGAUGGAAGAGCAGCUGAGGCAUGCCAAGUUCACCAUCACAGAGUGCUUCAUAUCAGACACGUCAUCCGAACAGUUGACGGCAGGGACAAACGAGUACACGGACAGUCUGACCUCCAGCACUCCUUCAGAAUCGGGGAUCUGCAGAUUUACUGCAUCUCCCCCCAAACCUCAGGAUGGAGGACGAGUGAUGAACAUGGCAGUUCCAAAGGCACAUCGGCCAGGUGACCUCAUACAUUUGCCUCCAUACCUUAGAAUGGACUUUUUGUUAAACCGAGGUGGUCCAGGCACCAGCAGGGACCUGAGUUUAGGACAAGCCUGCUUGGAACCUCAGAAAAGCCGGACCCUGAAGCGCCCCACGGUCCUUGAGCCCAUCCCGAUGGAGGCCUCCUCCUCCACCUCCUCCACGAGAGAAGGACAGUCGUGGCAGGCAGGGGCCGUGGCCACAUUACCUCAGCGAGAAGGGGCCGAGCUGGGACAGGCAGCUAAAAUGAGCAGCUCCCAAGAAUCACUGCUCGACUCUCGGGGCCAUUUGAAAGGAAAUAAUCCCUACGCAAAAUCUUACACCCUGGUAUAACAAACAGCAUGACUGGACAGCGGUUGUAAAUACAAUUUAAACAAUUCAAUCAAAGCUACCUUUUUUUUACGGAAUUCCAAUAUUUAUAAUUAAAGAAAAUUGCCAAAAUAUAUUAAAAAAAAAAAAAGAAAAAAUACUGAAACCACAGACAGUGCAAAGACUCUCCUGCUUUUUUUCUGUCUGAGUGUGAGCUCCAUCCGCCUGGGCAUCUGAUUUUUUGGGAAAGAAGUCCAGUUUUAUGAUCUUCACAGGCUAUUGCAUUUUUACUGAUUUUCUACAAAGUGCAUGGGGAACUAAUUAAACCUUCUGACUGGAAGUUCUAUCACACAAGAGUCAAGAAAGAAAACAGGGGGGGAAAUUAGCCUAUUUGUGAAUUUAAAAAGAACCUUCAUUUGGGGGCAGGGGAAAACUUUAGUCACGUUUGCACAACUUCCUUUCCCAUUAGAAACUGGGUCCUCAAUUUGAUCUUCUUUUGUUGUUAAUUAGGAUGAGUGCCGUCAGUGAGGGGUGGGGGGAAUCAAUUUGGUUUUCUUUUUUGUUUAUUUUUUAAUUU